AUGUAUGUUGUGGUGAAUGGUUUGGUGAUCUUAAGGAUGUGGUUAGGUUUUGCAGAGGGAGCGCGCUGCUCGCCGCCGCCCGCCAGUCCCAGCGGGCCGCCUGCCGCCACCCCCUCCUCGGACUCGGACAGUGAUACGGAUUCAGAUUCAACUGAUUCAACUACAUCCUCCUCUUCGUGUUCCCCUUCAACAGUAUCAGAUGAAGAUGAUCAUCCAAAUGAGAAGGAUAACAAAUCUUACUGUGUUAAAACGAAAGAUGAGUUGCCUAUUGAUGAACUGCCUCCUGUUGAAGACUUAUCAAUAAUUCUGCCUGAUGAUGUUGAACUGAAGCUUUUUGGGACAGUUUCCAGCAUAAUUGAGCAGCUAGUAAUAAUUGAAUCACUGAGAGGCCUACCUCCAGUAAAUGAGGAAAGCAUAAUUUUUAAAGAAGAUCGGCAAGCUGCAGGAAAGAUAUUUGAGAUAUUUGGUCCUGUCUUACAUCCCUUUUAUGUGUUAAGAUUUAACAGCUCUGAGCAUAUCAAAGCAAAAGGUAUUAAUGUGCAAGAUAGCAUGUAUUUUGCUCCAUCAGUGGAGGACUUCACCCAGUAUAUAUUUGCAGAGAAACUAAAACAGGAAAAAGGUUCAGAUGCAUCUUGGAAGAAUGACCAAGAACCACCACCUGAAGCCUUGGAUUUCAGUGAUGAUGAAAAAGAAAGAGAGGCAAAACAGAAGAAAAAGAAGCCUCAGAGUCAAGGAAGGAAGAAACUCAAAUCGGAAACAAAUGCAUCAAGUGAGAAUAAAGGACUUCAUCAGUCCAUGCAACAGCCUGCUUCAAGUUAUUCAAGGGGAUACCGUGGCAGAGGGUUCUCCAGGGAUCCAUUUCCUCCUCCGUCAGGCCCUCCGGGUUUUUUGAGACCACAAGUAAGACCACCACAACUAUACUCUUCAGACAACAGAAUACGUCAGGAAUCUCCAGUGUUUCCACAAUCUCAUAGAAAAGAAAAUCCAAUGAUGCAACAGUAUCCCUUUCCUCCUCCAGUUUUUGGUUCUGUUAAUGACGUGCAUCAAUUCCACCUUCCACAUUCAAAUCUGAAUAUGAUUUGGACAGGCCCGAACAUGUACAACUCGUCAUACCCAUUUUUACCGCCUCCACCUCCGCCGCCACCUCCUCCACCUCCUCCAGAUAGCCAUCCUUCUCAGUUCAGGCCUUACUGAGUUUCCAUAAAUAUGCAUACAGAGCGUUGCAAUUUAAAGGGAGGAAGAACAGGCUGCUAAGACUGUAUUCCCUUAUUUUGGAAAUGCUUCAUUUUUCCGCAACAGUAGAAGAAAUGCAGGGUUUGAUGCUUUAUGAGACAUCCAUGGAAGACUGUUUUUUUCUA